AUGUCCAUGCUCUCUCUCAAAGCCACACGGCCACACUUUUCUUCCCCCUUCCCCCUUCAUUUCCAGUCUCCCAAUCGCCGCCCGGCCUCCCAUCUCUCCUUCCUCAAAAUGUCGACCGCCGCCGCCGCUCCUCCGCCGGAAACCAUCGAGCACAUCGUCCUCUUCAAAGUCAAAGAGACCGCCGAGCCUUCCCGAGUCCAAUCCAUGCUGAGCUCCCUCAACGCCCUCGUCUCUCUCGACCCGGUCCUCCACCUCUCCGCUGCCCCGAUCCACCGCCUCAAGUCCUCCCCAAUCCCUUUCACCCACCUCCUCCACUGCCGCUACUCCUCCAAGGACGGCCUCAAGGCCUACGCCGUCCACCCCAGCCACGUCGCCGCCGUCAAGGAGCGCGUCCUCCCCGUCUGCGACGACGUCAUGGCCGUCGAUUGGGUCGCCCGGGACCUCCUUGGACCCGUCGUUCCGCCGCCCGGGUCGGCGGUUAGGCUGUCGUUUCUGAAGUUGAAGGAGGGUUCGGCGGCGGAAGCCAAGGACGAGAUCCUCCGGGUGAUUGGAGGGGUGAAGGAGAAUUUCGAGGAGAUCCAGCAGCUCACCGUCGGGGAGAAUUUCUCGCCGGAGAGAGCUAAAGGGUACUCGAUUGCGUCCCUGGCUGUGUUCCCUGGGGUUGGUGAGAUCGACUCGAUGGAUGCCAAGGGAGAGCUGGUGAGCUCGGAGAAGGAUAAAGUUAGGGAGCAUUUGGAGAGCGUUAUCGUGCUCGAUUUCGUGGUGCCGUCUUCACAGUCGGCUAGUCUCUGA